GAGAGCUACAUUACUGUCCAUGUAUAGGGCAUAGAGAAAGUACCAACCAUGAUGCUCAACUCCGCCAUAUCACCUCUCCCUUCUUCAACCUCUUCUCUCCCUAACUUCACCAAAGCUUCCCCUUACUUACCAACGCUAACUGCAACUGCCCAUAAUUUUUUCUCCUCGAGGAGGGGCAGGAAAGGAAGAAGGACCCACCGCACCUUGAUGGAGUUCUCUUCCUCCUCCUCCUCCUCAUCAUCAGAAAAUCAGACGGCUCUCAUAGUUCCAUCACACUCACAGGAUGACGAUGGAGCGGAGGUUGUUAGGAGGUUCUACGCAGGAAUCAACGGCCGUGAUCUGGCAUCGGUGGAGCUCUUAAUAGCGGAGAAAUGCGUGUACGAGGACCUUAUCUUUCCUCGUCCAUUCGUUGGUCGCAAGGCAAUCUUAGAGUUCUUCAAAAGUUUCAUUGAUUCAAUAAGCAUGGAUCUCCAAUUUGCUAUUGAUGAUAUUUCUGCUGAGGAUUCAUCUGCUGUUGGAGUUACUUGGCAUUUAGGUAAACAUACGCCUUUUUUAAAUUUUAUUUUUCCUUUCUCAGAACUUUUUAUUUUCCUUAAAUUUUAUUACCAUCUAACAGAAUGGAAAGGAAAAGCUUUUCCUUUUAGCAAAGGUUGCAGCUUUUAUCGGCUAGAAAUGUUGGAAGGCAAAAGGCAAAUAAUUUACGGAAGAGAUGUUGUUGAACCUGCAAUCAAACCUGGGGAGGCAGCUUUGGGUGCGAUUAGGGCUGUAACAUGGCUGUUGCAACAAUUUCCUCAGUUGGCAGAUCGGUUAUGAAGGAAGCUAUGCCGGAGUAUGAACAUACAAUUGAUAGGCUCAAUUGUAAUAGCAGGAACCCAAUAUCUUGCAUCAAAAUCCAUGUAGAAACAAAUAACCAAGAGGAAGGGGAUUCUAGCAAAUGAUUCCCACCACCUUAAUCAAAAAGUCUCAAAAGGUUCUUGUAUUUGUAUAUAGAAAAUUUACCCCCCCAAAACCUUUCUGUCUUAAACUUAUUUCAGGUUUUCGAUUUUGUAUCGACUUAUUUUAUGAUUUUAUGCAAUUCAAUGGUCUAAACA